AUGCCUUCUUCCGUUGUCAACCUGUUGACCUUGAUCAACGUCGGGCCUCUGACCACCACUUUCACCGCCCCAGAAUCUUGUGCAACCAGCGACUUUGGCUUGAAAGGUGCUGCUCCUUCUGGUCUUCCGGCAUGGCCAUGGGCUGUUGUAGGCGAAUGCCGCAACGAGACAGGACCCCGUGACAACGAAUGUCUGCCGCUUGGGGAAAAGCGGGAUGAACUCUGGACAUCGCUUUCCAGUGCAGCGGCCGAACCAACGCCAACCGCCGAGGCAAGACUGCCCAUCUUUUACAACUCGCCCGGCUACCACUGUCCUUCGGGGUGGGAGACGGCUGGCGUGGCGGCUGCCCUCAACGGCUCGGCCAGCGUCACCGGCGCGUUCGCUCCGGCGUUUCACGGAGUUUCGGUGAGCCGGAGGGCGCCAUGCCGCCGGGCAAACUUUUUCGCCAACCAAAUCACGUCCGCCCUUGAGCCGCGGGGAGACGGCUAUCAUCUGCUGCCCCAGGGGACCACCACGACCCAGACCUUUUACUUCCCCAUCCCCGAUCCUGACCAGACGUACGGUGAGCCGUCGACUGCUGCGUACACCUUUGGGCCGGAGGGACCAGACGAGGAGUACUACCCAGAUGGCCCGUGGGUUGGCGUCAAGGGCACGCCUGCUGUCAUCCUCUUCAACAAGGGCACUGCCGAGACCAACAGCGCCGCCCCCAGCAGCAGCACCACCGGAGGGAGCACCGAUCCUGUCGAGGAGAGCGGUGCGUCGGCGAUGCGCUCUGCGGGCAUUUGGGGGGCUGCUGGAGGCGUGAUGGCUGUCUGGACCGUCGCGGCUCUGGCUGGUGUCGGGCUGGUUGCUGCCCUGUAA